UUUGAGAACCAUAGCGAUCGGCGGAGCCAUCUGAUGAUAGAUUUGUGGUCCCUAUAGCGGGUUAUAAAUAGGAAGGCCUCUGAAUAAUUUAAGGUUGUAAAACGAGCUCAAUAACUAGUAGUUCGAAGCUCAGAUGGCUCUAGACACUGUAUCCAUGGCCAUAUUGCUCCCUCUUCUGCUAAUCCCAAUACUUAUCUUCAAAAACAUAAAACAAAUCAAAAAACAAAACAACCGCUUCCCACCUGGCCCUCCCAGGCUCCCUCUGCUAGGCAAUUUACACCAACUUGGAAAAUUACCUCACCAAUCUUUGUGGAAACUCUCCCAAAAAUAUGGCCCCGUCAUGCUCCUCAAACUCGGUCGUAUAUCCCUCAUUGUAAUCUCCUCCGCUGAAGCCGCAAGGGAUGUCUUAAAAGAUCAUGAUCUUGACUGUUGCAGCAGACCGGCGUUGACUGGUUGUGGGAAGCUCUCAUACAACUUUUCAGACGUCUCGUUUGCACCAUAUGGUGAUUAUUGGAGGGAAAUGAGGAAAGUAUGCGUCUUGGAGCUUUUCAGCCUGAAGCGCGUCCAGUCAUUUCGGUUCAUUAGGGAAGAAGAAGUGGCGUCAGUUAUGGAUUCCAUCUCUCAGUCGUCAUCUACUGCCUCUCCUGUGGAGCUCUCUCUGAAGAUGUAUGCUCUAACAGGAAGUAUAGUAUUUAGGAUGGCCUUUGGGAAGAGAUUUCAAGAGAGUAAAUAUUUUGAUGAUGAUGACCAUAGGUUUCAAGAGUUGAUUCAUGCAGCUAUGGCUGUGGCGGGAGGGUUCACUGCAGAAGAAUGCUUCCCUUAUGUAGGUUGGAUGAUUGAUAGAUUAACGGGUUAUUAUUCAAAACUUGAGAAAGUUUGCCAUGAAUUGGAUACUUUCUACCAGCAAAUAAUCAAUGAUCAUCUUAAACCUGAGGGUGGCAGAACAAAACAAGAGCACAAGGACAUUAUCGACGUGAUGUUGAAAAUUGAGAGAGAUCAAAUUCAAUCUGGCCGCCAAGCUCAGCUUACAAGGGAUAGUAUUAAAGCAGUAAUCAUGGAUAUAUUUUUGGCCGGAGUUGACACAAGUGCGAGUACCGUUGUCUGGGCAAUGGCAGAGCUAGCCAGGAAUCCAAGAGCCAUGAAAAAAGCACAAGAUGAAGUGAGAAACCAUAUUGGAAAGAAAGGAAGAGUUACGGAAGCCGAUAUCAAUAAACUUGAAUGCCUGAAACUGAUAAUCAAAGAAACUCUUAGACUCCACCCUCCUGCCCCACUGCUACUUCCAAGAGAAACUAUGUCCCACUUUAAAGUCAAUGGUUACGACAUUUAUCCUAAAACGCUGAUGCAAGUCAAUGUUUGGGCAAUUGGAAGAGAUCCUAACUGUUGGAGCAAACCCGAAGAAUUCAUCCCGGAAAGAUUUAUUGAUAGCUCUUUUGAUUAUAAAGGGCAGAAUUUUGAGUAUUUACCAUUUGGAGCUGGUCGAAGAAGUUGUCCUGGAAUUCAUAUGGGAUUAAUAACAUCAGAGCUUGCACUUGCAAAUCUCUUGUAUUGCUUCGACUGGAAAUUGCCAGAUGGAAUGAAGGAGGAAGGUUUUAACAUGGAGGAGACAGCUGGUCAGACUCUUACCGUCGCUAAGAAGACACCUCUCAGCCUUAUGGCCACCAGCUAUUUGCAAUAACAAGUGGGAAUUGCAGUAAGACUUGUAUUGCCUAUUUUGGCUGCGUAUUAUCCAGGUCGUGAAAAUAUAAAUAUGAUAUUUCCAUAAUAAUCAUUUCUGUAAGGUUACAUGUAAGAGUAGUAUUGUUUUAAAUAAAUUAAA